AUGACCAUGACCUCCAGUCCCUCAAACUGCCUCCUCAUGGAAGCUGUGGAGGUAGAACAUUACGACAACGAACCCUCAACUCGACUUUGAAGCUUUCUACAGAUGUGAUCAGGAUGCCUCUCUUUACAGCGCAGGUUCGCCAUGGUCAGAGUCUUGGUUUUUUAGGUAAACAGUCCAUUUCCCCGCGCCUCAACCCCUCUUGUUAACACCCUUUGUUCAGUCCUUGGAGCUACCCUCCACGAUAUCCUCACACGACUGAAAGCCGAACCCCAGAACUUUCCCAGGCUAGACUUGACUUACGACCAUGCGGCGCCAGUCACAGAACCUGUGGUUCUCGAGCUUCCAUCCAACGGUUUGCGACUGCGAUUCGAUGGGCCGGAGCAACGUCUACGCCUGAUCGAGGUUCUCGAUUUCACCAAGAGCCAUCUUACAUACAACGAUAAAGACGUGCUGCGGCCGGCACCAGCGAAUGGAGCAGGAUCGCCUCCAGUUGCGAGUGCGAGCGGUCCUACAUACAAGUACAUCUGCCAGAGACUAGUUGCGCCGGCAUUCCCAGGCGAAUACGUGGAACCGGUGCCUGGAGAUGAGACGGGAGUAGGCCACUACGUCCUUUCAUAUCCUGGUCUUGCUUUCACAUUUCCGAUAAAAUCCUCUUCUUGGUCGCCCGCGAAGAUUGACUCUAUCUUAAACUCGUCAGUAAGUCCUCAGGCUUCGUCUAUGGCGAUAUUCCGAGGCCAGUCGUGGCCGGCCGCUCGAGAGCAUCUCUAUACGGAGAUGGUAGAUCCCUCGGAAACAUUCACUGCGUUAUUCAGGAAGAAGGAGAGUGUGCCUGCUGAAGUCCGAAUCGUGAAGAUUUAUGGAGAGGGUCGGCUCGAGCUCGUUCGAUCAUCUUCACACGGACCGGUUUGGCUCCAGCUUGGUCAAACCACGCCCCAAGAACUGGUAGCCGAACUCGGUCCUCCAGAUGCCAUAUAUCGAAAGAGCGACCGUCGAAUGUCCAUACAUAAACCUCGGCGAGGGACCGGGACUCCAAAUAGACCUGAUAUGAAUGACUUGAGACUCCAGGACGAUUCUACUGAUACUGACCAGUCGUCCGCGCAUACCGCCACUGACGACUCGGACGAAGAGACGGAGGAAGGGGAAGUUGCAGGAAACUUAUCGGGAGAGUGUUUCUAUAACUACUUUUAUCAUGGCUUCGACAUUCUAGUCUCGAGCCCUACUCCACCAUCACAAGCCCCGCCUUCAAAGAAUUCUGUUACUGCAGAAUCUGAAAACGUGCCAACAGAUUCAUCGUCCCGUCUAGUUGCUUCAAAAAUAAUACUCCAUGGCAACGUACCAGGAUCAUAUCCAUUCAACCGGCACCGAAGAUGUCGGUGGGAGAUACAAUAUCUGCAGCCAAAGAAGGGACAAGCUAUAGUAAACUCAGAAACCCCUUUCAAGGACAUUGAGAGCGGGCUCCAUCACGAAUGGAAGAGCAUCUACAAUAAUGAGGAAGAGGCUAAGGCUCUGCAGCGUGGAAUGGUGCUGAAUCGGGACUGGGGUGAUAGUCCAGGAAGCAGUUGCGAGCUUCUAGGUGGCUGGGAGGACAGUGUUGGAGGGAAAAGGCCUGACGCUGUUGCCGCUGGAGGUGAUGAUGUGAAAGGGCUUGGAAAUACAACUCUUUUUGGAUUUCCUGGUCUUGUUUUUGAGGUGUUGAAGAAUGGUACGGUCAGUGGUGUUACGGUGUUUUGAGGUUGUGUAGGGGCAUUGGAUACGCAUGGUUGGGAGGGUUUUGAGCAUUUACUCGGUUUGCUCGUUUGGAGUUGGGCGUGCAAUUUAGACUGAACUCGGUGGCAUAUACCUAGGUAUCAUUAAUACCAACAUAGAAGAAUCGCAUACUCGAUUUCAACUCGUA